AAAGUCAUCGAAAAAAGAAUUACAAUUUUUGCGAGUGUCUCCACUUCAAUCAACUUCAAUAUACAUACACAAGCUAAAAAAAAGAUAAGAAAGCAAAAUUAAGGAAGAGAAAUAAAAAAGAAAUUCAAGGAAGCUAGCGCGUUGCUUAGUUCGUGAAUACAGAAGCCGACGGAACCUAUUUUAUUUCACAAGAGGUUUGGGUAUUGCGAAGCGUCACGCUUCACAUGGCUGUCCUGGAGCAUGCUCCACGCUUUCUGCAGUGACAUUUCCAUAUAUGGUUAAAAAGUGCCUUGGACUGAUUACGGCGAAUUAAAAGUAAAUUUAUUGCAAUUUAUCGCUAAAUCAAGAAACAAAAUUAUUGCUUUAAGCGUUGGAUAUUAAAGGUUAUCCUUACUUUGUACAUUCAAAAUAUGGAGGCUGCACUUCAACAAAAAGUCGUAGAGGUUACCAAUCAUGUUGAGCAACAAUUGGAUGCAGAAAUAGAGAAGCUGGAGAAUUUGGAUAUCAAUGAUUAUGAGAAGAUACGUGCGCACAGAUUAAAUGAGCUGAAACGGAUGCAAAAACAGAAGCAGGAUUGGCUGGCUUUGGGUCAUGGAGAAUAUGCUGAAUUGUAUGAUGAGAAAGAGUUCUUUGAAGUAUCUAAAAAGUCAGAAAAUAUAGUUUGUUUAUUUUAUAAAGAUGAUUCUCCACGAUGUAAAAUAGUGGAUCAUCAUUUCAAAAUCCUUGCAAAGAAACACAUUGAAGCAAGAUUCUGCAAAUUAAAUGUUGAAAGAUGUCCCUUUUUGACUGAACGAUUACGGAUUAAAAUUAUACCUACAAUUACUUUAAUUGUGAAUGGUAAAACUGUUGGUAAACUUAUUGGUUUUACCGAAUUGGGAAACUGUGAUGAUUUUUCUACAGAGACGUUGCAAUGUCGUCUAGCACAGUCUGGCGUGAUUAAUUAUGACGAUGAUCUACAAUCUUCAGAAACUAGCAAGAAGUUAUCUAUACUUAAACCCUCGAAACCUAAGACCAUCAAGGGACGCAGCUCAGAUGAUUCUGAUGAUGACUGAAGCUGUAUCCUAAUACAAAAAUUUAUGUAUAUUUAUUUGCACUUUUCUCAUGUAUUAAAUUCAAACACUUCUCGUCUUUGCUAUGAGCUUUUUUAUAAUAAAGUUAACAAAUUCUAUAUUUUAUUA